AUGGGUGACCCACCGUCCGCACGCUACCCCGUGUGGCUCAACGCCCUUGGUUUUACCUAUGUGCUCUUCACCGUGGGACUUAGCAUUGGUAUCAUGUACGUCAUGUCGACCUACCUCGCCAACGACUUGUUUUGGCCCGACUUUGUCGUCAGUGGAAUGCAAAAUGCGAUCAUCGACUUCUUCAACAGCCGCCUCGUCCUCAACGCCACGUCGCUUGAGCUCCUCAACCCGGCAUUUGCUCCACCCACACUCUAUGACAACUCGGCCAUGACGCUCAGCAUUUACGAGGCGUACCCACGACUGGUGCUCUACGCCGAGCUCCAGGCGAUGGAGAAAGCGAUUGCGAGUCUUCGGGAGCUCCUCGCGACCGAGGUGACGCACAUGAUCACGCAGUACUGCUGGGUCGACUUGCAGCAGCGCUGGGAACUCGGCCACUCCCGCAAGCGUCAAGCACGGUGCGUCGCCAACGACAAGGCGAAUGCAGCCGUGUACCUCGAAGCCGUCGGGCGCAACAUUGAUUUUGGCUCGUGGGUCCCGAUCUACCGAGGUUUUUUUAACAAUUUGAUUGUGAGCGCGCUCGUCCGAUCGCCGGGCGGCUACCCGUGGGUGCAAUACAUGCUGUCGCACGCGUGGGUACCGAUGCCAGACGAAGUGGCCUUUUGGAAAUCCCAUCAGCUCACGUACUUUGAGCUGCAGUGGAGCACGAUUCGCCAAACCGGUUUAACCGAAACGAUUGGCAUUGAGAAUGCGCUGGGGAUGACGACGCGCGUGACGAUCAAGCGCAUUACGCCCGUGGACCGCUACGCGCUCUGGACGACCCACUCGAUGUACGCGUCGUUCGAGAACGACCUGGGCAACUUUCACUUUGGUCCGAACCAGAGUCUGGUUCUGAACAGCCCUCUCUGGUUUGGGUACACGCUGCCCAAUGCCAUCGAAAUGUACAACCUCCCGUACCCGCUCAACCACGCCAACACGGCGCUGCACAACCAGCUCGGCGAACUCGGCUCGGUCGACCUCAAGCUCAUGCCGCCUCCUCCCGCACUCACGACCGCUGUCGAGGCCUUCGUCGCGCAGUUGACGCUCCAGACGACCACGAGUGCAUCACUGGCGGUGGCCGUCGCGAGCAUUGGUGUCGUGGAUCUGCGCCCGACGCCGGUCCAGUGGCAGAAUCCCAACUUUAUGUUUUAUGGCGGGAGCCCCAUGUGCGCCGACGGGGAGCCAUAUGACUUUAUCCAAAGGUCCUUUGGCUUUGACGACACGUGCGCGGGCCAGCUGCCGUUCACCGUGCAGUGGGCGGCCCCGAGCUCUCUCUUUGCGUUGGCCCAGCUCUCGCCAAAUGACCUCGCAGUGGCCACGGCGUCUCUGUGUAGCAGUCUAGCGCUACCUGCUACCGACGCCAGCAUCUGCACGACAUCCCUCGCGGCAUCCCUCCGUGCCUUUCGCCAGCUCCAACUCGCAUCGCCAUCGUCUACGCUGGCCGCCAGCGUCACCGCCCUCAACCUCUCGACGAUGCAGUUUGUGCGUGCAUCACCGACGGCCAACACCUCGGUGAUGACGCAACCUCUUCUCGACGUGACGAGCCCGGCGUGGACUCUUUUCGGGUGGAUGAGUCUCUUUGAGUGGGCACUGGGCCAGCGCGAAGCGGUUGCGUUCGAAGGCGACGUCCAGACACUCCGUCUUCUCUCGUACAAGUAUACGCCGGCGACGCAGCUCGCGAAUACGCUCGACGUCAGCGGCAGCCUCGCCAACUACAUGUGGGGCCUCGCGUGGUACGUGAGUGCCGGCCUUUGCAUGGUGUUGAGCUGCGUCACGGUCGCUCUUGUGCUGACGCGCCACCACGCGGGCCUCAACUGGUUCAUGUUCAACCGCAUCGCCAGCACGGUCUGGAUCGGCCGACCGAUUCUGCUGGUCCGAUCCGCCACCGCCAUUGUCUGUCUCGCCACGGUACCCAUAUACUUGGAGCCGCAAGGCAACGCGUCGACUCGGUUUGUCGACUCGACGCGGCCGGUCCUCGAGUCGACGGUCCUCGCCGGCGAGACGCUCUGGCUGUCCUAUGUCCUCAACGAGGUCCUCGUGCAUCUCUCGGGCUCCAAUACGCGGCGCGUGGCGCCUCUGACGUGUGCACUCGUGUACGUCGCGACCGUCUGCGUUGACGUGAUUUCUCCGCCGACGAUCGCCACGCACAUUGGUCGAGAGUGCCACCUGCAGCACAUGGAUAUCAACGUCGCUUGCCACAGCGGGUCGGUUCAAAUCGGUCUGCUUUCCCGCGUCGUGCUGUUAGCAGCCAUGCACGUAGCCGGUCAGCUGACGUGCUUGGGUAUCUGCUACAUGUGGCGUGCUUCGUCCGAGAAGACGCCGACGGUGCUCUUGCACGGCGCAGCGAUUGCAUUUCUGCACAAACCGUCGUCGUGCCCACCUGGGUUUUGGGCCAUUGACGACAUCAGCGCCGUUCUCUGCGGCCUCGUGCGGUACCAACGCUCGCAUGUCUUUGACUUGCUCAGCGACGAGACGCUUGGCUAUCGCCACACGUCCGAGGCAUUAUUGCUGCCACACUCGUUGGCGCCCGCGUACCUUGAAACCAAAGCCGUUGCGGCCAAGACAGCGUCCAGUGACGCCAACGCGGUUCUGGUACUGGCCAAGCGCGAUGCGUGGUCGCGAUUUGUAAAGAAAUACCUCCGCGUGGGCUUCCUCGUCGGCGGGUUUCUCUACAUUCUUAGCUCACUCUUCAGCAACAUUGCGUACAUGACGGUGACGGUCACGCAGAGCCUUGCGAAUGACUUUUACUGGCCCAACUUUAACAGCUCGGGCGGCCAUACGUUUCUUGCCAACCUCUUCAACACGCAGCUCCUCCUCCGCAAUGCGCGCAACCUCUCGCUCAAUGCACCGUUCCUUGGCGACGUGCGCCAGUUGUACAAUACAACGGUGACGACGAUUCGAUUUCCCGAGACGAUGGGCCGGCGGCAGCUCUAUGCGCCCGACAAUUCGCUCGUCCAUGCGGCGCGGGACCUCCGCAACAUGCAGUCGUGCAACGCGCCGUGGAUGUUUACGCAGUACUGCUGGCUCGACCUGGAGCAGCAGUGGCAUAUCGCGAGCUCGUCCUUGCGCCAAGCGCGCUGCGACUCGCACGCAUCGAACGGCGCCGUGUACCUCGAAACCGUGCUCCGGAAUCUGCAGAGCUACGACGAGUGGCGUCGCUGCUGGGGCGACUCUGGCUGCGCAGCGUACAGGGGCCGCAGCUGA